GUCAGCCACACCGGAAUCGUUUUUGUGAGCACCCCCCCAAAAUCCCAGCAUACAGUUAGCCGUUUCUUCUUCCAUUUUUGUCGCCUUCGUGUCCUCCAGUCAUGAGUCUCCAUGGCAAACGCGAUGUCAUACGAUCGCUUGAUUAUCUGUUAUAUUGCUACUUUACAUACACUUUUCUUCUCGAUGCAAGUUUACUUAUCCUGGUUUUCCGGGUCUUUUGUCAACUGCAACUGCUCUCACCUCGAAUACUGACACAAUCACUACGGACGGCCCUUGCUAUUGCCACCAUGUCCUUAUUUGUAUGUCUGUUGCAUCACUGCACAUCAGAACUCGGUCAGCCAGGAAUACUUGUAGACUUUAUCGGUAACCAGCAUCGGCCUAGUUAUUCGCGGGUCAUCUUGCUUGAUUUCGUCAUCUAUGUGUUCCAGACGAUACGUAUCUUUAUAUCAUCCAGUCUUUCUUCCCAGCUCUUACUGAAUGGAACGGCGAUUACGACAGUGAGGAUGCCGCCAGCAUUGGCAACGGCUUUGGGGGCAGAGAGUGUCACGUUAAUGUUGCCGCCAUCGUCAUCAAGUAGCUCAAGUCAAGGGGAAGAUGACGAAUCCACGGACGAUCCCUUUUAUCAACAUGAGUUGGUGGUGGAUAUCGGCCUGCGACAGACUUAUCGAAAUAUUAUGUAUGCAGAGAUCGAAGAUAUUGGAACGGCAAGGGAUGGCUCAGAGCAACUGCCUGUAUAAUACGGUCAUGGAAUCCAACUUUUUUUUUCACCACCAUUGUUUUCUAUGUUGUACAUAUAUAAUCUACUUUACCACCACUAGAAGCCUCAUACAAUACCCCCAUUCUUCGCCACCAUCCUUCCCCCGACUCCAUAUUUUCAAUUGAGCGACAAUGAAUUCAUCAUAACCCAUUCCCAUCUUAGUAUGUGGACUCAAAAAGUGAAGACGAAAAAGAAGAAAAUUAAAAAGCACUCCAAACAUG